AAAAAAUUUUUUGAGAGUAAAGGGAUCUUAGAGGCAACGCUUUUAAAUAUGAAAAACUUUUCAGAAAACCUUCCUUAUACUCAUUUCAUCAAUAGCAGCUUUUGGCAAAAUUCAAAGAAAAAUAAUGUAACGAUUCCAUUUUUUUUGUAUAUGGAUGACUUCGAAAUUAAUGAUCCUUUGGGCAGUAAAUCUGGCCAACAAAAAAUUUGCGGUAUAUAUUAUAACUUUCCAAGCGUACCUCAGUACCAACUUAGCAAAUUAUCAAAUAUAUUUGUAGCAGGGUUUGUUAAAGUUCGAGAUCUACAAGAUUGUGGAUUUACUGUUUGCCUUACACCACUUCUGAAUAUUUUAAAAACAUUGGAAAUUAAUGGCCUUCAAAUAAAUGUAGUUUGCCAUCUAACUGUAUAACACAUUUUAAACUAGUACAAAUUUUAGGCGAUAAUCUUGGUCUUAACACUGCAUUAGGCUAUGUCAGUUCUUUUUCUGCGAAUUCUUGGUGCAGAAUAUGCAAAAGGCAAAGACUUCAAACUCGUACAGAUUGUCUUGAAGUCCCGAACUCAUUACGAACUAGAAGUAGUUAUAAUAGGGAUAUUUUACUGAACAAUCCUGUUGUUAGUGGCAUUAAAAAUGUUUCGAUAUUUAAUUCCUUGUCAAACUUUCAUGUAACCGAUAAAAUUGCUUGUGACAUAAUGCACGAUUUAUUUUUGGGUGUUUGCAAAUAUAAUUUUUCCAAAAUUUUACAUUAUUUUGUGUAUGAAAAAAAGUUUUUUUGUUUAGAAACUUUGAAUUACAGGAAACAGAUGUUUCAGUAUGGGGAUACAGAAAUUGGCAAUAUAAGUCCACCCAUUCAAAAGCACCAUAUACAAAACGCUUCAUUCAAAAUGAACGCGAGACAGAUGAAAACAUUUUCUCACUUGAUAUUGCUCAUGGUAGGUGAUCUAAUUGAUCGAGAUGAUUUAGUAAAUAAAUUCCUUAUUCUGUUCGUAAGACUAAUUGAUCUGCUUUUGUUAUCUAAUUACAACGAUACAAUUUUAAAUGAUCUCCAAUUAUUAAUUGAAGAGCAUAAUUUUACGUACCAAAAAUUAUUUAAGGAACAUCUGAAACCAAAGUUUCAUAACCUAGUGCAUUAUCCUACAAUAAUUAAAAAAUUGGGGCCAAUAAAACUUUUAUGGACAUUUCGGUUCGAAGCUGAACAUCAGUUGUACAAGCAAUACGCGCAAAGCAUUACCUCCAGAACAAAUGUUCCAUUAACAUUAGCAAUUAAAUCCUCCUUACGAUUCGCUAACUGUGUUUUAAAAAACAAUUUUUUUCAGCCAGAAUAUAGUUUUACAAAUAUUGAAGAAAUUAAAAUGGGAUGCAAUGAACAUUUGUCAUCUAUAAAUUUGAAUUUCAGCUUGUACAAGAGAACAAAUGAAAUUAUGUUCCGAGGUGUUAAAUUUAAAAUUGGCCACAUAGUUACUGUAACUAUAAAUGAAAAUAUAAAUAUAUAUGAAGUAUUGGAUUUUAUAAUUAAAGAAAAUAAUGUAGAAAUUGUUGGAAAAAAAUGGACACACCUAAAUUUUUCAGAAAGGUUUCAAUCAUAUCUUAUGGGGCCCGUUAUAGAAAUAUAUGAUGUCAUAAAUUUGACAACGUUAGAUGGUCCACCUAUUCACUUUUAUUUGCUUAAUAAUGGCCUUAAAGUUUUAAGACAAAAGAAGUAUUGGUAAUUUAAUUUAUUGAUUUCUUAUUUAAUGUGUAUAAUAAUUAUAUAUUUUAUUUGCUAUUUAUAUUAUAUACAUUCUAUUACAAAACUCAUACUUAUAAACCUAAGUUUCAGAAUUUUAAGAAAAAGUUUUUAUCAGUUUGUAGUUUGAUAAUUAAUUAAAUUUUUGUAUGUAUGGUUUAUGGUAUGUGGUUAUUAAACUAUAAUAAAAAAAAAUAAUGUGAAUUAUUUGUGAAAAGAUCUCAAAACCUUUUCCAUAUUUUAUUACUUACGAAAAGAAUCGUGUUAAGUUAUUUUAGUUAUUUUUUUACCCAACUUAUGUAAUAAAUAAACAUAAAAUGUUUAGAAUUGAA